UGUCUGGAGAGGGUGUGAGGGCCGGACCGUGUGAGCUGAGCCUCAGAAGCUGCUCUUGGGGUUAGAGUUGUUCAUAAGACGUUUACUGAGCGUCUGUUUUCAUCCCAGCAGUGUGCUAGGUGCUGCUUGUACAAGGCCGAACCAAGCAUGGUUUCUGCCUUGUUCUGUGAACGAGAGGCUGGGGAAGAGCGCCCACAAAACAGCUGACGCAGUAUUAUGUGGCAAAGUCGGUUGAUAGCGAUAAGCAUGUGGUGGGGAUGAGGCAUCUCACAGAAGCACUUAAUUUGGACUGGGAAUGGGGAAGAGGUAUGGAAGAGUUCCUGAAGGAGAUGGCAUCUGAAUUGUCUUCGGUGAUAAGUAGAAGUUGUGAACAGUGAAAAAAUGAGGAGGUACUAAGGACAGGAGCUAGGAUGUAAGGUGGGCUGGCCUGAGUGGUAGGCAAGAUUGGAGUACGUCUUAGGCAUUGUAGGUAAUAGAGACCUUUUGAAGAGCUUUUAUGCAGACAUCAUCAGCUUUGCAACCCAGAUGGUUGGAAUUUGAGCAGGAUGAUAUGGGUCAGGCAGAUCUAUUGGAAGUGCUGAAGAUGAAGGCAUGAACUAAAACUAUGAUCAUGGAAAUAGAGCAAAGAGAAGAUAGAAGAAUUUCCGUGUGGAUGUGGUACAGAUGGAUGAAAACUCACUGGAGUUUGACAUGGUGGGAAUUGAUGCAGCCAUUGCCAAUGCUUUUCGACGCAUUCUAUUAGCUGAGGUACCAACCAUGGCUGUAGAAAAGGUCCUGGUGUACAACAACACAUCCAUUGUCCAGGAUGAGAUCCUUGCCCACCGCCUGGGACUCAUUCCUAUUCAUGCUGAUCCCCGUCUUUUUGAAUAUCGGAACCAAGGAGAUGAAGAAGGCACAGAGAUAGAUACUCUGCAGUUUCGACUGCAAGUCAGGUGCACUCGGAACCCCCAUGCUGCUAAAGAUUCCUCUGACCCCAAUGAACUCUACGUGAACCACAAAGUGUACACAAGGCACAUGACAUGGGUGCCCCUGGGAAACCAGGCUGACCUCUUCCCAGAGGGCACUAUCCGACCUGUACAUGACGACAUCCUUAUUGCCCAGCUGCGGCCCGGCCAGGAGAUUGACCUGCUCAUGCAUUGCUUUAAGGGCAUUGGCAAAGAUCAUGCCAAGUUUUCACCUGUGGCCACCGCCAGUUACAGGCUUCUGCCUGACAUCACCCUGCUUCAGCCUGUGGAAGGGGAGGCAGCAGAGGAGCUCAGGCAGUGCUUCUCACCUGGUGUCAUUGAGGUGCAUGAAGUUCAAGGUAAAAAGGUGGCUAGAGUUGCCAAUCCCCGGUUGGAUACCUUCAGCAGGGAAGUCUUCCGGAAUGAGAAGCUGAAGAAGGUUGUACGGUUGGCCCGUGUUCGGGAUCAUUAUAUUUUCUCUGUAGAGUCAACAGGGGUGUUGCCACCAGAUGUGCUGGUAAGUGAAGCCAUCAGAGUACUGAUGGGAAAGUGCCGGCGGUUCUUGGAUGAACUAGACGCAGUUCAGAUGGACUGAGAUUUGCACUGGACCUACUGGGAUGACUGGCUUUUGAUGUUCCUCAGAGGCAAGCUGAAGAUUUUGGGUCCUGACCUGCCCCCCACAGGACUGCUAUGCAGAGCCCAGUGUGACUAGGGGUCCUGAAUUUUUCUGGACCAUUCCAGCUUUAUUUCAGUCAAUACCUUUUGUUAAAUGUGCCACAAAAUGUUACUUUUAUGCCUUUGUAAGGCCUUUCAUGUAAAUAAAUUUACGUCCAAACAGAAA